AUGAGCCUCGCCACGCCUCGCCCCUCCUCGCCCCCGUCCCCCCUCAGUGCACGCACCCGCCUGCACCUGCGAUCCGAAGCCACAUGUUCAAUCCCACCUCUGAUGCGUGCAUAUGCGACCCCUCAAUGCCACGCACCCGCCUUUGCCUGCAAUCCACAUCCACCCACAUGCGUCCUGUCGAUCCCACACCCGUCUCCUCUAGCACACACCCGCCUGCCGCCAAGUGCCUUUAACCCCCUCGACCACUUGGGCCCAUGCAUUUAUCUUCGCCUGCGACCAACAUCUGCGUCCACACAUCUCUUCCAGCCCCUCAUGCACGCACAAUCUCUCGGCCCCUCCUCUUGUCGACCCUCAUUCACUCCUCCAUCGUCCUACCUCAUCGCCGAGGCCUCACACUCCACCCCGUGCACGCUCGACCUCUCUUUUGUCAACCAUCCCGCUCUUGAUCAAGUCUAA